AUGUCUGGUAUUGUAACAAAUUUUGCUCCUAUUUCGAAUGUCAGUGAUUCGGCUGCGGACUCUGGUCAGAAGCUAUCGACGUUUGCAGUUGUUACCAUCUUACUACAGUUAACAACAAUGGUAGCUAUUGUAAGUGGAAACACCUUAGUUUUGGUGGCAAUUGUAAGGUUUCGGACAUUACAGGAUAUAACUGGAAUAUUUGUAGCGAACCUAGCACUGGCUGAUCUUAUCAUUGGGCUUACGCAACCCUUCCAGGUGGCAUUCUUCUUCUUUCCGGAACUGGAAAAGAACAAAAUCGCGUGCCUUCUUAGAUUUCAAAUUAUCCUGUUUGCUUGCAAUGCAUCAAUUUAUUCCUUGGUGUGCACGGUAGUGGACAGGUAUGUGGCGAUAGCAUAUCCGCUUAGAUAUCCCAGUAUUAUGACUACGAAAGUUGCCUUUGGAUUAGUUUUAGGAAUUUGGGUUCUUGACAUUUGCUGUGCCGUCAUACCCUUUACCGAAAACAACUGGGACACAUCCCCGUUUUGUCUGUAUGAGUUAGUUUUGAAUAAGUAUUUUAGAUUUUGGAACCAUUUUGGUGGACUUAUGUUCGCGUUGCUGAUGUUUUUAAUUUAUAUACGUAUAUACUUCAUUGUAAAGAAACAUUUGCGGCAGAUUCGAAACGAGGCUGUGUUUCACACUGGUGAUCAAAACAUUCGAGGAACAAAACAGAUGAACACCGUUGUUGCCAUUGUUGUUUUGUUUUUCCACAUAUCAUGGCUGCCAUUUUUUAUCAUUGAACUCACAAUGUUUGAAAUCGAACAUGUGACCCAGACAAAGGUGCUGGUGGCCAACUUUCUUGUGUUUCUCGGCGUAAUGAACUCAAUUGUGAAUCCGAUUGUAUACGCUUGGAAAAAUAAGCAGUACAGAAGAGCUUUCCAAAAGCUCCUUGGAUUGAAAGUUAGCAGGAAUGAAGUGGAUUCAAUAGAAACUAUUGCAUAA